AUGACUGACUCUGGCGAUGGAAGAUCCAACUGUGACAUAGUACUACAUUCAUCCACAUCAAAAAAUGGAUCCAUACAGUCACCAUUGUUUCCCGGUCCGUAUCCACCCCGAACAUUUUGUCGCUUUGAAUUUCAAGGGAAUGGGCGACAACGAGUUCAGAUAAAAUUUACGGAAUUUACAUUACCGUCAAGUGAGGGAGAUGACUGCGAGCAAUCAGAUACUUUAUCGGUACUUAUGCAAAUCAAAGGAAAAUAUGAACCAGUUGAAACGCUGUGUGGGGACACUAUGCCGAAACCACUUAUGUCCAAUGGUCCACGAAUGCUUUUAGAAUUUCGUGGAAGGCAGAGUGGCAAAGGCAAUCGGGGAUUCAAGGCUGAUUUUAUAUUUUUAGAAAAUUUCGGUAUUAUUUCCGGUCGUCAGAUACCAGAUUACGAGUGUUCAUUUGUAUAUAAUAGCAGCUUUGAAACGUCGGGCUGGUUUCAUUCGCCGAACUUCCCCGGAGCGUAUCCAAGGAAUAUCGAAUGCAACUACUAUUUCCAUGGUCGAACAAUGGAGAGAGUGUACAUCCGUUUUACAUAUUUUGACGUCGAGGGAAUAUUUCCGUGCGAUGAAGACUCGUCUAGUGAUUCCGUAGAAUUAUCAAAUUUCAAUAGCGUCGAUAGAAAAUUUCAGAAAUACUGUUCGAAGAUUUCAAAAGGAUUUUCAGUUAAAUCGGACGGCAAAUUCUUUCGCGUAACAUUUCGAUCCAAUGAUCGAUUGGAUGGUACCGGAUUUCGAGCGUCCUACACAUUCGAAGUGGAAAAACCAACCACCGAAAUUCCGACUCUGGCCAGUGAGAGCUUAAAUUCCAGCGCUGGACUACACACAUUGAAUGAUCUGAUUCCAUACUAUUUUGCAAUACUAUCAUUGUUCUCGAUUGCAAACGUUUUUUGGAUUAACGGUUUAUAAUGAAAAAUUCAUGAGACUGUAGAUUUGGUUCGAUUUUCAAUUGUAAAAAGUAUUUAAAAUAGAUAAUAAAUGAAAAACAAAAGUAAUAAUUAAAAUGAACUAGUCACAGUUGAUGGUUGCGUUAAUACAGGACGGUGGACGCAGAAAAAAAAAUUCAGAAGGGAACGGUCCGAUUAUCUCUAUGUAUAUUUCUCUCAAAUUGAUUUUCUUUCGUUACUCUACGGCAUGUAUCAACGCAGCUAGCAAUGUUAUGUCGACAACAAUGCUACCAAUUAUUUAAUAAAUCUAGUUAAAUUAUAAGAUUUGAGAAAAUAAAUUGAAAACUCAACCGUAAAUUUU